CUCUUCAACUAAUGGAGAGUCGAGAAGUGUAAAGUGUCAAUUGGCAGCAACUGCAUCGGCGAAUCAUGGCUACUGCAAUUGCAGUAUCUCCGUCCAGAUGGACACAACUGCUUCUUCUGCUUGCAGCCUUGUGCUGUCUCUUUUCACCAGCUGUGUCUGUGAAACACGAGAACUUCAAGACGUGUGACCAGUCUGGCUUCUGUAAACGCAACAGAGCCUACGCCGACUCUGCCGCUUCACUCGCUUCCUCGUGGACUAGUCCUUAUGCCCUCGACUCCGCCUCCCUUACUUUCUCCAAGGGCCAGUUGUCAGGAACCAUCCUCAAGACCAUUGCAACUUCCGAUCAAACUAUUCGCCUACCCGUCACCAUCUCGUUCUUCGAAUCCGGCUCUGCCAGAGUUAUUGUCGAUGAAGAGAAGCGUCAGAAGGGUGAUAUCGAGCUCCGCCAUGGCUCAAAGGCCCGUAAAGAGCGUUACAACGAGGCCGAGAAAUGGGCUAUUGUUGGCGGGACUAAGCUCAGCUCUGGUGCUGCAGCUGCCAAAGAUGCUCAGCCCGGUACCACCAAGAUCUCGUAUGGUCCUGGCAGCAAGUUCGAGGCCAUCGUUAGUCACUCCCCAUUUGGUAUUGAGUUCAAGAGAGAUGGAGAGACACACAUCAAGUUGAACGAUAGAGGCUUGUUGAACGUCGAGCACUGGCGUGCCAAGGUUGACAAGCCGCAACAAGAGAAGAAGGAGGGAGAAGCUGAAGGCGAUGAAGUCAAGAAGGAUGUGGGUGAGGAUGAAAGUACUUGGUGGGAUGAAGCCUUUGGUGGAAACACCGACACCAAGCCUCGCGGCCCUGAGAGUGUAGCCCUCGACGUUACUUUCCCAGGCUACGAGCACGUCUUUGGUGUUCCCGAGCACACUGGCCCUCUUUCAUUGAGACAAACUCGUGGUGGUGAGGGCAAUUUCAACGACCCAUACCGUCUCUACAACGCCGAUGUCUUCGAGUAUGAGAUGAACAGCCCCAUGACUCUCUAUGGCGCCAUUCCCUUUAUGCAAGCUCAUAAGAAGGAUUCAACCGUCGGUGUCUUCUGGCUCAACGCUGCAGAGACUUGGAUCGAUAUUGUCAAGUCCAAGUCAAGUGCCAAUCCUCUGAGUCUUGGUAUUGGAUCUCACACUGACACUCAGACUCACUGGUUUUCUGAAUCUGGCCUGCUUGAUAUCUUUGUCUUCCUCGGUCCUACGCCCAAGGAUGUUGUCUCAUCCUUCUCUGAGCUUACCGGCUACACUCAACUCCCUCAGCAGUUCGCCAUCGCUCAUCACCAGUGCCGAUGGAACUAUGUCACCGACGAGGAUGUCAAAGACGUUGACCGCAAGUUUGACAAAUCUCAAAUUCCUUACGAUGUUAUCUGGCUUGACAUCGAAUAUACCGAUGGCAAGAAGUAUUUCACCUGGGAUCCUCUGACCUUCCCCAAUCCUCUUGGAAUGCAAAAGCAGCUUGAUGAUCACGAGAGGAAGCUUGUUGCUAUUAUUGAUCCUCACAUCAAGAACGAGGGUGGAUACUCUGUCGUCGACGAGCUCAAGUCUAAAGAUCUUGCCACCCAUAACAAGGAUGGCAACAUCUAUGAAGGUUGGUGCUGGCCCGGUUCUUCAUACUGGGUUGACUGUUUCUCUCCUGCUGCCCGCAAGUGGUGGGGACAAUUGUUCCAGUAUGCAAAGUUCAAGGGCUCGGCUCACAAUCUCUGGUUAUGGAACGACAUGAACGAGCCUUCAGUCUUCAACGGUCCCGAGACUACCAUGCCCAAGGACAACUUGCACCAUGGCAACUGGGAGCACAGAGAUGUACACAAUCUCAACGGACUCACAUUGGUCAAUGCCACUUUCGAAGGUCUGGUGUCGCGUAACAAGGAAGAGGAGAAGGCUGGAGGAGUCAGACCUUUCGUCUUGACCCGUUCAUUCUACGCUGGCUCGCAGCGCAUGGGAGCCAUGUGGACUGGUGACAACCAAGCAAACUGGGAGCACCUUGAGGCAUCUCUUCCCAUGAUAUUGUCUCUAGGCGUCUCAGGCUUCCCUUUCGCUGGUGCUGAUGUCGGUGGUUUCUUCGGCAACCCAUCCCGAGAGCUACUCACUCGCUGGUAUCAAGCAGGCGCUUUCUACCCCUUCUUCCGUGCCCACGCUCACAUCGAUACUCGCCGCCGCGAACCUUACCUUCUGCCCGAUCUUGAAAAGGGCAUCGUCACACAAGCCUUGAGACUUCGCUAUGCUCUGCUUCCUGCAUGGUACACAGCGUUCCACACGGCAAGCAAGAACGGAGCACCAAUUGUGCAGCCUAUGUACUAUGCACACCCAGGUGAUGAGAAGGGUUUCGCUAUCGACGAUCAGAUGUACCUCGGGUCGACUGGUCUGUUGGUCAAGCCCGUCACCAAAGAAGGAGCUACCAGUGUCGAGAUGUACCUGCCCGAUGGUGAGAAGUACUUUGACUACUCGGACUACACCGUUUACAGUGGUCCUGGCCACGUCAAGAUAAAUGCUCCUCUCGACAAGAUCCCACUUCUCAUGAGAGGUGGUCACAUUGUCCCUAGACGUGAUCGCCCAAGAAGAUCCAGUGGACUGAUGAAGUUUGACCCUUUCACGCUUGUUGUGGUGCUUGGCAACGACGGAAAUGCAGAAGGCGAGCUGUACCUGGACGAUGGCGAGACGUACGAUUACGAGCAAGGCGCAUAUAUCCAUCGUCGCUUCACAUACACUGGUGCUACAUGGUCGCUCGCCUCCGAGGACCUAAGCAGCAAGGGCAAAAAGACGGCCCAAUAUCUCCAGCAGAUGAAGGAUGUUAGAGUAGAGAAGAUUGUGAUUGUCAACGCGCCUUCAUCUUGGAAGGGCAAGACAGAGGUUGAUGUGUCAGAAGAGGGAACAAGUAGCAGCGGUGAGAGCAAAAAGGCCGGAUUCGAAUUUGUUGGUGGAGAAUCAGGCAAGGCAGAUUGGGCUGUAGUCAGAAACCCUCAGGUUAGCAUCGGCGGAGGUUGGAAGAUUGGGUUUGCAUAGACAAAACGUAGAGGCUAGAUAGACUGCUACAAGUAUGAGUGACUGUUUUCUUUGUUUGGUGUAAUUCGGCAGGCUCGAGAAAAGAGAGCCUCGGAGGCUGUGUUUGAGGCAGCAUGAUAAGGGACUCGAAUUGUGGAGAGUGCUUGGAGCAACCAAACGUCACGCCCGCCUUGGCAAGGUGGUCAAUCAAUCCAAG